CAGGCUGCCCGGCCAUGCUCUGGGCGCACUGGCCCAGGUGGCUGACAGGCAAGGCACUGCCCCUCGUGGGUGCGGUGUUGCUGCAGAAGAGACAGAAGGGGGAACCUCAGUGGAGGCGGUGGCGGCGGGAGACCCACCCAUACUAUGACCUCCAGGUGAAGGUGCUGAGGGCCAGAAAUAUCCGGGGUGCAGACCUGUUGUCCAAAGCCGACUGCUACGUGCAGCUGUGGCUGCACACAGCGUGCCCCAGCCCCGCCCAGACAAGGGUGGUAGCCAACUGCCGUGACCCCGAACGGAACGAAACCUUCCACUACCGGGUCCACAGCGCCGUGAAGAACGUCCUGGAGCUCACCCUCUAUGACAAGGACGUCCUGGACAGUGACCAGCUCUCCCUGCUGCUGUUUGACCUGAGGAGCCUCAAGCCCCACCAACCGCACAGACACACCUUCCCACUCAGCCACCAGGAUUCACAAGAGCUGCAGGUGGAAUUUGUUUUGGAGGACAGCCAGGUGCCGGCGUCUGAAGUCAUCAAUAAUGGGGUCCUGGUGGCUCAGCCCUGUCUGAGAAUCCAGGGCACCCUCAGGGGAGAUGGGACAGCCCCACAUCAAGAGUAUGGCUCCAGGCAGAUUCGGCUGGCAGUGCCUGGGGCCUACGAGAAGCCCCAGCUCUUGCCCCUGCAGCCUCCCCUGGAGGCAGGCCUCCCAGACACGUUUACCUUCCACGUGAACCCAGUGCUCAGUUCCAGGCUGGAGGUGGAGCUGGGAGAGAAGCUCACGGUCCUGCAGAGCGGCCCAAGUGCUGAGCUGGAGGCCCAGACCAGCAAGCUGGGCGAGGGGGCCAUCCUGCUCUUCUCUCUGGCCCUAGGUCGGGAGAAGCAUCAUGUCGUGGCCCUGGGGGAGGGCCAGGAGGUGGCUAUGAGUGUGCAGGCAGAAGUGAGCUCUGGGGACCUGGACCUGCGUCUUGGCUUUGACCUCUGUGACGGGGAACAGGACUUUCUGGAUAAGAGGAAGCACGUCGUGUCCAAGGCCCUACAGCAGGUGCUGGGAUCGAGCCAGGCUCCCGACAGUAACCAGGUGCCCGUGGUGGCCGCGCUGGGUUCAGGAGGUGGAACCCGAGCCAUGUCUUCCCUCUACAGCAGCCUGGCUGGGCUACAGGAGCUCGGCGCUGUGACCUAUCUGAGCGGAGUCUCUGGGUCCACCUGGUGCAUCUCCACACUCUGCAAGGACCCAGCCUGGUCCCAGGUGGCCUUGCAGGGCCCUAUUGAGCACGCCCAGGCUCGGGUCUGCAGCAGUAAGAUGGGGGCAAUGUCCAUGGAACGCCUGCAGUACUAUGCCCAGGAACUGGGGAUCUGGGAAAGCAGUGGCCACAGCGCUUCCCUCAUCGACCUCUGGGGGCUUCUCAUUGAAUAGUUCCUGUACCAGGAGGAAAAUCCUGCCAAGCUGUCUGACCAGCAGGAGGCGGUCAGCCAGGGCCAGAACCCUUACCCAAUCUACGCCAGUGUCAACGUCCGCAGCAGCAUCAGUGGGGAAGGCUUUGCAGAGUGGUGCGAGUUCACCCCCCAUGAGGUCGGCUUACCCAAGUAUGGCGCUUAUGUUCUCACUGAACUCUUUAGCUCAGAGUUCUUCAUGGGGCGACUGCUGCAGCUCCGCCUCGAGCCCCGGGUUUGCUACCUGCAGGGUAUAUGGGGCAGUGCCUUUGCAGCCAGCCUGGAUGAGAUCUUCCUGAAGACUGCCGGCUCGGGCCUCAGCUUCCUACAGAGGUGCAGAGGCAGUGUAAACAUCACAGACGACCGCCAGAAGCUCCAGCUGCACGACCCAGCGAGGCUGCAAACCAGGCUCUUCACCCCCCAAGGGCCCUUCUCCCAGGCUGUGCUGGACAUAUUCACCUACCGCUUUACCUCAGCCCAGAACUCGAACUUCACCCAGGGCCUCUGCCUGCACAAGGACUAUGUGUCUGGCAGGGAGUUUUUGGCCUGGAAAGUCAUUUGUCUUUGUGCAGAUUCGCACCCGGACGCCUUCCCCAACCAGCUAACUCCCAUGCGGGACUGUCUGUACCUGGUGGAUGGAGGCUUUGCCAUCAACUCUCCGUUCCCGCUGAGCCUGCAGCCGCAGAGAGCCGUGGACCUCAUUCUGUCCUUCGACUACUCCCUGGAUGCCCCUUUUGAGGUCUUAGAGAUGACAGGGAAGUACUGCCUGGACCGAGGCAUCUCCUUCCCCAGCACUGAGGUGUCCCCUGAGGACCUGAACCCCCGUGAAUGCUACCUGUUUGCCAAGGCCAAGGACCUGCGCUCACCCAUCGUGCUGCACUUCCCCCUGGUCAACCGUACCUUCCGCACACACCUGGCCCCAGGUGUGGAAUGACAAACGGAUGAGGAGAAAGCCUGUGGGGACUUUGUCAUCAAUGGGCCAGACACCCCCUAUGGCACGAUGAACUUCAUCUACGAGCCCCAGGAGUUUGAGCGGCUGGUGGCCCUGAGUCGAUACAACGUUCUGAACAACGUGGAGACUGUGCAGCAGGCCCUCCGGCUGGCUCUGGGCCAGCGACAGGCUGGGGACAGGGCCGGAGGCUGACCCGGGCUGGAGUCGGGGGACUGGGACAGAGGAGGGACUGUGGGCUCCGGACCAGGGCUUGGUAGAGGGAGGGGUGGUGGACCCCAUGGGAUGAUAUCCCCUCCUGGCUGGGCUCCAGCUGGUGGGUACCCCUGCUAAUUACUCAUCUUUGCUCUUUAAACUUGGGUCACAUUGUCUUAUCAGGGAUACAUCUGCCACCUCAUGCAAAUAGUCUCACCCUUCCCAGAAGCUAAAUGGGUGUGUCUAGAGGGCGUAUCCAUUUAUCAGGGGCAGAGUGAACACGAACCUGUGUGUGUGUACGUGUUCCUAGUGGGGGCCUGUCAGCUGCCAGGGAGUGGCAGAGGUAGAGGAAGCCUGGCUGGGAACUCAGAGUCCCGGGUUCCUGCCUUUUUCACAGAAGUACCCCUGCGAUCUGGGGGAUCUGUUUCUCUCUCUGGGGGAUCUGUUUAUCAUUUCUUCUGACCCACCUGGGACCUUCCAAAUAUCUGGAGCCUCUCCAGCAUGGGCAGAUUUUAGGUGUGUGCAAAGGAGAUCCACCCUGACUGGGCUUAGUGUGGAGGUCUUCAUGCCCUCUCCCUCUGGCUAGGGCCUCUGCAGCCUCUUCUCACCCACACCCCACCCAGCGCUGAGCCGCCUGGGGCCCUUCAGUGGCCCGGCUGCCAUACUCACUACUCACUCGACACUCCCCUCUGCCAGGAGUGCUCUCUUUGACUACAGCCUCUCUCCCUC